AUGGACAUCAAACAGCAGAUAAUGCGGGAGGUGAGGAAGGAUAGACCUGUAUCCACUUCUGUGCUCGAGAUGUACUUCGACAAGCAGUUCAUGGAGGAGGAGCUCUUCAGGAACAGACACGCACUCGAGACAAUGACGUACAUGUUCAACACAUACGGCGACGAGAUGGAACCCCAUGUGAAGUACGUCAUGAAGAGCCUUGAGUUCAUGAUAAGGCAGCAGAAACCACUGAACACGAGAUCGAAGAAGUAA